UGACUKUGCUAAUGCGCAUACAAGAUUUGAUAAUGGGUUUCCUGUGUCAAUAUAUUUACUCAAAAUUGGGUUUCCUGCGUAGUCCAAUUUCAAAAUGGCGGCACAAGAUCAAACUACCUACGAAUCUUUUAUUUCUUCAAGUAUUCCACAGCUAAAAGACAAAGUGCCAUCGAUAUACUGGGAAUCUUUGUAUAAAAAGCUUAAAAGCGAAACUUACGAUGCUGGUGAGAAAUUUUCAAUCAUGCUUGAUGAGGAUGAUGGRACACAUCAUGUGAUAGUGACUGAUGAAAAUGGUGUGAAGGCAUCAGAUUCUGACAGCAUUUUUUUAAUUGACCAUGCUUGGAUGUAUGAGCGUCAGUAUGCGAGAACGCAUCUUGACACAAUACCUGGACUUGCAGAGAGAAUGGCUGCUUUGAUGGGCAUACAAGUUGAGAUUGAUGAGGAAAACACAAAAGAACAGAGGAGGGAUGAAAUACUUGACAAAAUGUGGUGUUUUAACCAAACUUACAGGAUGGGGAUGGUGAGUGACUAUAAAGAGAUUCUUCCUGAUGGAAUGUCCACACCUCAACGYGAACCUGAAAAUGGAGUUUAUAAAGUCUAUACCAACAGUGAUCAAGUAGUAGAUUUUCUCACUGAUCCCAGGUUCAAGAUCAUUGACAACAGAUAUGAAGCUGAUAUUUUGUGGCUUAUGGAACAUGUGAAAGAUUAUAGGAGUCUUGAGCAAAAAGGACAAAUGAUUAACCAAAUUCCAUUUGAUUAUCUUCUGAACUGUAAAGAUCAACUUGUAGAAGUGUGUCAGAGAUCGGGUUUUAAACAUGAGGAAUUUAAAGAACUUGAAAAUGAUGAAUUAUURUGUAGAGGACCUUACUGGUUACCUGUGACAUUCAACUUAAAUACUGAGCUGCCCAAGUUUAUACAGCAUUAUAAAAGGAGAGAGAAAAGAGGUCUAGAUAACCACUGGCUUGUUAAGCCAUGGAAUAUGGGAAGAGGACUGGAUCUACAYUUAACUAAAAAUAUAAAUCAUUUAAUUCGCAUGGCUGAGACUGGACCUAAAAUYGCAUCCAAAUACAUCGACAAGCAAGUCUUAUUUCAUCGCGAUGAUGUAGGAUAUGUAAAGUUCGAUCUUCGUUAUCAUUUAUUCUUGCGCUCAGUGGACCCAAUAGAACUUUAUGUUGACAGAAUAUUUUGGACAAGAUUUGCUAACAAAGAAUUCAGCCUUGAGGACUURCACGACUACGAAAAACACUUUACAGUGAUGAACUAUAGAAAAACAGAACUGAAACAGAUACACCAUGACGAAUUCAUGAAAAUGUGGGACGCACAAUAUCCAGACUACACUUACGAUAACGUAGAGCRUGAGUUGUUCAAAAUGUUUAAAGAAAUAAUCCAAGCUGCUGUUAAARAGCCUCCGCCAAAUGGACUGGGCAACUAUAAACAUUCAAGUGCAUUUUUUGGUCUCGACAUCAUGCUGAAGUGGGCUGACGAUGGUUCCAAGAGAAUGGUUCCACAAAUACUAGAGUUCAACUUUCUCCCAGAUUGCGCAAGAGCUUGUCGUUAUUACCCAAAUUUCUUCAAUUUUAUGUUCAGCCUCAUGUUUCUUGGUGACCCAAAUGGAUGGCCUGUUGAUAGGCUGYUAUGAUUGUAGUAAUUUAUAAUGUACAAUAAUAUGAAAUAAUUAAAGAUUCAUGAUCCACGGGCAUCCCUUUCAAGCAUUUUUUAAUGUUGUUAUAUAGAAAUCUAAUACAUGACCACAUUGAAUGAACAGUAUCAGUUUGUACUGCACAAGAUCAAGUUGUCUCUUCGAUAAGUAUACACCAAACUGAUAAAUCUCAAGGUCCUGAAGUGAUGUAUUUAUUGGCCAAUGAUCACAUUUUUUUAUGACAAACAUUUGAUCCCUGACCCYAAAUGUAUUUUAUAAUAUUUACAAGUGAAGGUAAUGAGAUUUUACUAGCUAUUAGAGCUUAGCAGCUACACUUUGAAUUUUGUCCUGUGUCUUAUUUCACAACUAUAGUAAUGUUAAAUAGUGCAGUUUUUACUGGAAUUCAAUAAAAUAGUUUACUGCUUGA